UGUAAACAAAUGGGCUGUCAUUGACUUGUGACUCGAGUUAGAUAAUCUUGAUGCAAGUCGAAAUCUAGAAGGCAACAAACAAGGAAAGCGUGUUACUGGUUAUUUUCUGUGUAAAUCCGUCUAGAAGACUUUAAAUUUAAACAUGGCGUCUUCAAUACCAAUCGAGGUUGUAACCCAUAUAUUUAAAUAUUUAGCUGUUUCUGAUCGAAAAGAAGCCUCCCUUGUUUGCCGCUCCUGGUACGAAGCCUCCUUAGAUCCAAGUUUACAGAAGGACAUUGUCGUCAAUUUUCUCGGAAAUAUUUCAUCUCAAGAUGUUUCGGAGGGUUUGGUUAGGAGAAAACUCACCCACCUCGUUCUCAAUCAAAUCGAGAACACACUGAGCUCGAAUGAAAAUUUGAUCCAGUCAUGUCAAAACCUCAGCCAAGGUUUAAAAAGUUUAUCGCUGAAAGGAGCGAAUAUCACGGAGAAGACAUUUAUAUCGCUUGUGUCGCAUUUUACAAAUUUAGAAAAUUUAGAUCUCACUUGCUGCAACUCCUUGUUCAUGUCCGGAAAAAUUCUAGAAAAGCCUUCGGAUGUCGAACUCUUGAAACAUUCCUUAAAGAACGUUAAGACCUUGACACUUUCCUCCAUUCGAUUUUUAUCCGAUUCCACGUUUAACAGAAUUGUAUCCGUUUGUCAGAAUGUACAAAAUCUUUCCAUAGCGUCUGCUCAGAUUACUUUCAACAGCCACGCUUAUUAUCCAGAGGACACAAAGGUCUGUGAUAGCCCGGCCAUUUUUUCAUUCCGGAACAUUUUAUUUUUCUUGCAAAAGCAGAAAGAAAAAAUAAAGUCGCUGAAUUUGAGUCGCAUUUCCAUAACGGAUCCGUUUCUUGCUAAAAUAUCCCACGUGGAAGGAUUAAACUUGAAAGAAUUGAUUCUAAUUAAUUGUCGAGACUUAACCAGUGAGGGAAUAAUCGAGAUGUGUUCAAACCAGAAAAAUAUCGAGAAAAUAGACGUCAGCUAUUGUAUUGAUGUUGGAGAUCGUGGCCUCCUGGCCAUUACGUCGAAUUUAAACAAUUUAAAGACAUUGAUGACAAAGAAAUGCCUGCGUAUUUCGGAUGUUUCUGCGAAAACGCUUAAAAAUCUCCCCUGUGUGGAUGUCCUGGAUUUGUCUGAGUGUUAUAAUUUGACGAGCGACGGAUUGAUUCAGGGUUUGUGUAGCGGAAUCCAGAGCCACCUGACCCACCUGAAUCUGCGAUGCUGCAGUUCCUUAACAGACGACUUAGUUGUUGAAUUAUGUAAAUACGUUCCAGGACUACAAUAUCUGGACUUAGGUUCCUGUUUUCCCUUGACAGAUUUGAGCGUUCAAAGUAUCUCGAAGAACCUAAAGAAUUUGAAGCAUCUCUGCCUGACAUGGUGCAAGGAAAUAACCGAUCUGGGUUUGAUCGGAUUUGAAAAUGUCGAUCUGAACAUGGACACACAUGCCGACCACGGAGACCAUGGCCAAUGUCGCUGUACACGUAGAAAGCACGAAUCCACCAUAUUCCGUAAACCUACGGGAGAACUUCAGAAGAAAAAGUUGGCAUUAACUCAGUUGGAAGCCCGAGUAAAAACAGAAGAGCAAAGAUGCCGCCUGAAUAACAUCGCUGGUCUUCAAUCUUUGGAUUUAUCAUCGUGCGAGAAGUUGACAGACGUCAGUGUCAAGGAAGUCAUAAGAUUCAGCGGGUUACGAAGUCUCAACUUGUCGUCUGUUCACGGCCUUACUAAUGCCAGCGUCAUCGCAAUCGCUAAAGGUAACCCAAGCUUGGAGGAGAUCCAGUUUCAGCAGUGUCCAAAAAUUACAGAUUCCGCCAUGGAGGUUCUGAUCGAAAGAUGUCCACGGUUGACUUAUAUCAAUGUGGCUAGUUGCGAUCUCUUGACAAACGUGACGCUUUAUAACAUUCAAAUGAAUUGCCAUCGUCUACGCCAUCUUGACGUAUCUUUCUGUAAAAAUAUGACACCUGAGGGCGUGGAUAAAUUGGAAGCGAGUAUCAAAUGUUUGACGAACGUACAGAGGAGAUUGGUUGGAGCUUUUUAACCAGGAUGUUGAUAUAGGAAUAUUGUUCGAUAUAUUUUUGAACCAGGAACUGCUUGCAUAGACUUCGUUAUCUUCUUGGCACGAUGCUCUGCCAAUUUAAAUAUAAUCAAUAAAAAAUUGGACAGACUUGUU